GUGGGAAACAGCGUUUGCACUGCUCCUACCGUUCUUCAAAUGGGAGUGGCCGAAAGAGCCGCCAAAAACCACCAUUGAAGCCGUCGACUGAAGCUCCAGACAGCUGAAGCUCAGGAGUCGCCACCAAAGGUACGAGAAUCGUCCAUCUGAGCUAGCGCGCACUCAUUCUCUUCUUCUGAAGCUUUAAAGCUUGAAACUUUCGCCCGUUUCGUUCUCGUCUUCUUCACCGCACGGCACUUUUAAAAAAAAAGUCCUCGGAUGGUCGGUUACUCAUGAGACAAGCACAGAACCUCAGACCAUGGUCCAUUCUCAAAUGGGUGUCUUCAAAUUUUCUCGAGAACCAUUCGCCAUUCUUAAAAAUCCGAUCUUGGCCCACGGGUUUCGUCCAUGGCGCUCAUAACCCUAGACUCUACAGGACUAAACGGCCCGUGCCAGCUGAAGAAAUUGCCUUUAUCGCGGAAUCUGCGAGUAAGAUACCCGUCGCUAUUCGUAAACCGGCGCAGGCUGCGUUAUCGGAUUACUUGCAUUCCACUAGAGGCCUCCAGUUCUUGGACGCAGACCACAUUAGUAGGAACUCGCCCUUCUUUCUUGAAAAACUUGUUAAGAGGAUCAAUGUCGAGGGCGAUGUGGCUCGGUUGGUUUCCCGAUUCUUGCGUUACCAUCCUAUUAAUGAGUUCGAGCCUUUCUUUGAGAGUAUGGGUUUGAAGCCCUCUGAAUAUGCUCCAUUCCUUCCACGCGACAUUAUGUUCUUGAGCGAUAGUGAACUGUUGCUGGAGAACUACCAUGUUUUGUGUAACUGUGGGAUCGAGCGCACUAAGAUGGGAAAGAUCUAUACGGAAGCAGCCGAAAUAUUUCGUCAUGACCACGGGGUCUUGAUGGCUAAAAUUCGAGCUUACGAAAAGUUGGGGCUUAGUCAAGACACUGUGGCCAAGGUAAUUCUUUGUAGCCCCUAUAUUUUGACUGGGGAUGUAAAUUUGGAUUUUCGUAAGGUAAUAGAGAAGUUAAAGGUUUUGGGAUUUGAGUUCAGUUGGAUAAAGGAGCAGCUUUCUGAAAAUGGUUACUAUAGAUGGAAUAGGAUCCUUGAGGCUUUACUUGUAUUGAGCAAGAUGGGUUACACCAACGAGCAGCUUAACAGAUUGAUUAGUCAGCAUCCUGGACUUCUGUUUGAGGGUUCAGGGAGUUGGAUGAUUUCCCUGGUCGGGUUGCUGCUCAAAUUUGGAUCUACAAUGGAUGAGUUUCAUAAGAUGUUUCUUCAAUUUCCGCAUAUCAAAGUUGAAAAAUUUGUUUCAAACUUGAGGCUGUGCUUCAUAUUUUUUGUGGAGAUUGAUAUGGAGGCGGAAGAGAUUGAUAGAAUUAUCCGUUCUCACCCAUUACUAUUGGGUUCGUCGACUCUGAAGAAAGCCAAUAGCUUGCUUACUAACUUGAAUGCAGGAAAGAAACGGCUUUGUGAAAUCGUCAAGGAAAACCCUCAGGCACUGAAAAACUGGGUUAUGGGGUUGAAAGUCAAACCGUUAGCUAACUCUGCUGAGGAUGAAAAUGUGCACAAGACUAAGUUCUUAUUAAGCUUGGGAUUUGUCAAGGGUUCAAAUGACUUGAAACGGGCCCUCAAGGUGUUCCGCGGCAAGAGAGGAGAGCUUCAAGAGAGAUUUGAUUGUAUCAUGAAAUCUGGUUUGGAUCGGACAGAUGUUUGUGAAAUGGUCAGAGUAUCCCCUCAAAUUCUUAGCCAGACGAAGGAUGUGCUUGAGAUGAAGAUUGAUAUUCUUCUGAAUGACUUGAAGUAUCCAUUGUCAAGUUUGGUGAGAUUUCCAGCUUAUCUUUCUUUUAAUAUUAAGAGGGUUAAGCUUAGAAUUUCAAUGUAUAAUUGGUUGAAAAAUAAAGGAUUGGCUGAUCCUCUUUUAGCGUUGAGUACUAUAAUUGCAUGCUCGGAUAAGGCUUUCAUUGAACAAUAUGUAAAUCGCCACCCUGAUGGCAUUCGUGUUUGGCUAGAUUUGAAGAAAACAAUUAUUCAUGAGUAACUUUUCAUUGCUUGAUACUUCUGUGGUUUUAGUUCUGUUCGAUGUCUCUGAGCUAAUGUGAGACAUUUAUCAAAUUGAAUGAGGCUUAUUCUUUCUUAGUGUAUCAGCUUUAUAACAUGCACCCACGGACAAGGAAGCGUUGGCUUCGGAUAAGGGGAUGUGUUCUUUUGAGUCUUUACAUAUUCCUGUGGUAAAGGUUACUCAAAGCAUUCUAAUGCUUCUCAGUUGGUUUGGUUGUCUAUUAUCAAGUUUGUACGCUUUGCAUGAUAAAUGAGGCUAGUUUAAUUUUGAAGAAUUUCCUUUGUACAUGAUCUUAAGCUGGAAAUCAUCUGGCAUUCUGUGAAAUGCAUCUAUUUCUCCUCUUUGUUUAUUCAUUUCAUUUUCAGGUUAUCCAGAUUAGGCCAAGAUUGUUACACAUUGUUAUUUGCAAUAUUUGUUUGAUAUGGUUGAAUGCAAGGUACAAGAAAGAGAUGCUCCUUGUGGUAGUUGUUUCAAGUAGAGGUGACAAAGGUUAACCAAAACCCAAUGAAACUGCCUUCCCCUUUUGAAACUGACUCGAUCCAAACCUGACAAGAUUCAAGUUGCCAACUUAAACCAAUGAUAACCAAAUUGGAACCAAUUCCAUCCAAUACAAAAUCUGCAAUCCACCUGAGCUUGAAGCGACCUGAAUAUGAGAUAGCCUGGAUGCAGGAAUAUAUCAAACCCAUGAAGGAUCUGGAAUUUAAACCAGAUCUGACUUGGAUCUGAAAAUGGAAAUCCCUGGUAGAAAUCAAAUUCAACAAUUUGAAUCCGGACUGGUCCUGUAACUGGAAAAAAAGUUGAAAUUAAACAACCUGUUGCUGAAACUGACCAAUGCCCUAUAUAAAUCAAUCGAGCGCCAGUCCCUGCCACAUACUCUGUCUAUUUUGAAGUGGAUAUUGUUUUGGUCACAUUAGUCUUAGAGGCAAGAUUAAUUUCUUCUGCUUGCAUACAUGGGGGGGGCGGCGGCUGUUAAAAGGGUUUUUUUUGUGGAAUACACAUAUCAAUAUUUAUGGAUUAUCCCCUUCAUUCCACUUCAAGUUCCUAUGUCUGAAGAGUCCUUCUACUUUGUUUGCUUCUGCUGGGGAAAAAAAUUCAGCUAGUUGUAUCAGCAAAACGAAAUAAGAGAGGAGGGAGGGAGGCCCUUAAAAUUGAGAAAAGUAAGGUCAAGGAAAUAAGAAAGAGUUGGAAGGAGACUUCUACUGUAGUUAUCUAGAAAAUUUUGAGCUGCAGGAGAAAUAUCAGAGGAGAACAUGAAAUGCAAAGCUUCUGAGAAAGUCCUUUUUGGGCAUCCAGGUUUGAAUAUCAGAAGAUCGGUUGAUGACUUUACCCCCAUUCUGCGUUAUACUUGCUUCUGCUUUAUUCCAUUGGUUGUCCUACUCAAGCCUCACUUAGUGGGAAAAAGGGCUUUGUUUUGGAUGUUUUUAUUGUUUGCUCCCCAGUUCAAGGAUUAAAGUAUGUCUGCAGUAAGACAGCUAAUUCUUCUAUCAAUUAAUCUGCAGGCUUCUCUGGUUUGACAUAGUGAAUUCUGUAAGUGAAUCUUCUCCAAUUUAGUGGCUAUAGUCAUAUUUUUUUGUUUGAUGGAUGACUUUUAGAAAAUGUAAAGAUAUAUCAUCACGUGCAUAAGCUAUACUUAAGUGUUUGCCCAAAGGCAAUCCACUUAAUUUACUGGGUCUUCCAAAUCCUUGUGCCUUGUAGCUCAGCUUUGUGGCGAAUUUCCUGUUGGUUUGACUGUUCUUCUUGUCCUUCCGGUCCUGUUAGCCAAAUUCAAGUCUCAAACAGUAUUGAUUUUGGAGGUUGACUGGUAACAUCUAGCGUUCUUAGGCAUGGCUCCACUUUUGUACUCGCCGUGUUGAUGUAGAAAGUAUUUACAGCAUCACCGAUGUUCACAUGGGUUUCUUGGCAGACACUAAACCAGCUAUUUGGAUUUCAAAAGUUUCCAUCUUAUUUGAUUUUUCUUUUGAACACCGUCGAGGCAAUAUCAAAACGUCGUUGGAGCAGUAUUCUUGACUAGAUGCAGAGUUAUGGCCUCUUCUCUCUCCAUUGAAACCUUUUUUCUUUUAUUUCCUAAGGUUGGUACUAAUAUUAGCUAGAACUGUUCUAUUUACAUCACAGAUGUGCUCAAUUGCAAUUUUUGCAUGUUCAAGAAUGAGUCUUUUGUCUUUCAAAUUGUCUUUCUGCCAUUCUCUGCUGGCACUAGCUGUAUGAUGGAACUAGCUGUGGAGAAUCUAUGACCUGAAAGUCCGGGUUUUCUAGCAUCUUCCAUGUGGGUAUUACAAUAUUCUUCCCAAUAGAUCAGCUUGAUUGUCACACUGAUUUUACCAAUUUAAGUGAACUUAUUGGCUUGCUACUCUCAAAAUCUGGUCAAAUGUAUGUAUAAAGCUCUGCAAGUCAUUUCAUGCCUUGAUGAACCUUUUCCCUCUUUAUAUGUUAUCGGGAAACAGAUUAAAUGUGCUAUACCAGGAGCCGCCGGAUAGCUUAAGAAUUAUAUUCUUGGCAACCUACCGACCCAACUGCAAAAUUUGAAUGAGCGAAUAGUUGUUAUUGUGGUUGAUGUUUCUGGUGCAAAGAAAGGAAGGGCUUGCAUGUAUGUGGGGAUACCAUAAAAAGUCCUGUUGAGGCUCCUUUUACCUUGUCAUUUCUAGGAAUUUGAAUUGUCGAGUUUGCUCUAAUUUGAAAAAUGGGAUAUAUAUUAUCUGCUUCCUUUUGCA